AUGAUCGAUGAUGAAAUCGAAGAAGACGAUGGAGACAUCCAUGUAUCCAUAUUCAAUGUCCCUAAUGCCUUAAGGGAUAUAAAUCCUAAUGCUUACACUCCUCAAUUGGUUGCUCUUGGUCCUUAUCAUUAUCGACGUUUUAAGCUUCAAGAAAUGGAGAGAUACAAAAUUUCUUCAGCUAAGAGGUUUCAAAAUCGAAAGCAAAGCACAAAAUUGCACACCAUUGUGGAUCAAUUGAUAAUGCUCGAUCAUAGAAUUCGAGCAUGCUAUCACAAAUAUUUAGACAUCAGUAGAGAAACAUUAGCAUGGAAGAUGGCUAUUGACUCUGCCUUUUUGCUUGAGAUUAUUGACAUUUAUAGCAACAAAGAAGGAAAGUUUUUAUGUCAAACUUCUUCCAAGAUUGUUGAUUUUGCAAGAAGGAAAUCGGUAUAUAACACUAUCUUGAGGGAUAUUAUGAUGUUGGAAAAUCAAAUUCCUCUAUUUGUCCUAAGAAAAAUUUCGAAUUAUUGGUUUCAUUCUUCAAAUAUGGUUGAUGAAAUAUUGGAUGAUGUCCUAGUUGGCUUAUGUAAAGAUGUUUCUCCUUUCAAAAUGUUGAAUUGGGCACAAAUUCAACCCUCUUCUUGUGCGCAUAUUCUAGAAUUUUUGUACAAAAGAUUGACUCCUAAAGUAGAAGAAACGGUUGAAAUCGACGAAAAUGUUAAUCAAGGCAUCAACGAGGAAAGAAGGUUAUGUAAGUUGCUUUCACAACUUAAGGAGUCCUUACAUCAAAUUCCACUUAAAGCCGUCUUCAAAUUACCCUGGAUUUUCAUUUGUAGCCUUCCUGGUUUAGCCAUUUUGUCUGCUGUUGUUUUGCCUAAGGAAAAUAAUUUCGAAAACCCUAUUGACACCAAAUCUACUCAAGACAACAUGCCACCUUUAUUUGAAGAAAUUAUGAUCCCAUCUGUCAUUGAACUUUCAAAAUCCGGGGUCACAUUUUUGCCUGUUAAUGGAGAUAUAAUGAGUAUUAAUUUUGAUCAAAAGAGUAAGAAAUUCUAUCUCCCUACCAUUAGUAUAGAUGAUAACACCGAGGUUAUUCUACGAAACCUAGUAGCAUUUGAGGCAUCAAGCACAUUAGGUCCAUUAGUAUUUACUCGUUACACCGAGGUAAUGAAUGGCAUUAUUGAUACAAAAGACGAUGUAAGGCUCUUAAGAGAGAAAGGGAUUAUACUCAACUACUUGAGAAGUGAUGAAGAGGUUGCUAAUCUUUGGAAUGGGAUGAGUAAGUCAUUGAGAUUAACAAGAGUUUCUUUCUUGGAUGAAGUCAUUGAUAAUGUCAAUAGGUAUUAUGAAGGGAAUUGGAAGGUCCUAUUAAGUAGAUUCAUGAACGCAUGUUUAAUCAAUUCUUGGCAAUUUUUAGUAUUCAUAGUAGCUGCUUUAAUCUUGUCAUUGUUGAUAUUACAAGUAUUAGGUUCACUCUUGUACAAUUCUCGCAUGGUUGGUCCACAUCCUCAAGGAUGA